CACAACCAUCCACUCACUCACUCAUUCACUCAACAUGAGCAAACGACACGUCCUCGACCUCGACCUCGCGGCCAGCGACGACGAGACCAACACCAACACCAACGAUGCAGGCUACGACUCCGAAGCCGCGGAAGAGCAAAGAAGCAAGAACCGGGCCGUGAAGCGUCGGCGGACAUCAACGACACAGGAUCUGCACGGUCUAGACGACUGCUCGGACGACAACGACUCGGACGCGAACGACGAGAGCGAAGAGGAGACGACGAAGGGGAAGAGCCGCGCGAAGAAACUAAAACGGGCUGCGUCUGCGUCUGACAACGGAGAUGAAGAUGAAGACGAAGACGAAGUCUCCAACUCCGACAAAGAAGAACCCACCACCCUGACCGCCAAAACCGCCCUCAAAGCCAAAACCAAAAAAGUGCCCAAUAAGAAGAAGAAGAAAACCGGCGUCGUCUACCUCUCCUCCCUACCUCCCUACCUCAAACCCAUGUCGCUGAAAUCCCUCAUCGAGCAACGCUCCUUCAGCCCGGUACUCCGCGUGUUCCUCGCGCCGAUGGUCAAAUCGACCUCCGCGCCGCGCCGCGCCUCCAACAAGCGCAAGAUGUACAGCGAGGGGUGGGUGGAAUUCGCAUCGAAGAAGACGGCCAAGAUCUGCGCGGAGACGCUGAAUGCGUCGAUCGUGGGCGGGCGCAAGGGCGGCUGGUACCACGAUGACGUGUGGAAUAUGAAGUAUCUGCGGGGGUUUUCGUGGGAUGAUCUGAUGGAGACGGUGAGGAAUGAGCGGAGUCAGAGGGAGGCGAGGCAGCGGAUUGAGGAUUCCAGGGCUAGGAAGGAGGAUAAGGUCUUCUUGGAGGGGUAUGAGCGUGGGAAGGUUAUUGAGGGGAUUCAGGAGAAGAGGAGGCAGAAGAAGAAUGCUGCUGCUGCGGCAGCGGGUGGGGUGGAUGUGGAUGUGGAUGCGCCUGUUGUUGCUCCGGCGCCGGAGAAGGUGCGCAUGGUGUUUAAGCAGAGUGAGGUGAAGCAUGGGAGGGAUCGGUUGAAGGGGGAUGGCAAGUUGGCGGAUGAUACGCAGAGGGUUUUGGGAAAGAUUUUUUGAUUGGGGGAUUGUACUUUGCGAAUGAGAUGGGCUCUCUUGGUCUGUUUGUUAAUUGAUAUCCCGGUGUUGUUUGAGAAUAUUGAAUAUAAAGAU